CCUCCGGGGUCAAAGUUAACAUUGGCCAUGUGUUUAUGUUGCCGCAUCUACUUCAAUUACAGCACUCGUAGAUACCGCUACAGUUUGCAUUAUAUUUACAUAUAUUUAUAUUUAUUCAUGAACUCUGCAAUGAGCAUACGUCUUUAGGAUACUUUGUAUUUCGUCAACGGAAGUUGGUCGUUUCUGAAUAUUCUGCUCCGCGUUAGCUUCCGGAGUUAAGCUGGCGUGCCAGUCUGCAUCCUUUAGCUGCGCGAUGGCUUAGCGUGACAUGUUUAAAACCCGAUCGCUGUUCAGUGCCUUAGUUAACAGACUGACCUUAGGAAGAAACGGUGGCCCUCGUGAGGUGUUCAGCACGAUGAGUGAAGCAUCCAGAGAUGAGCAGACGGCCAAGCUGCUGAAAAGAGCCAAUGAGGAAAAUGAGGACUCGGCUGAGAAGGAGACGGUGCAGGCUUCAAAAAAGUUAAAAUCGGAAGGGGAACAUGCCGACGUGCAGGCUACAACAAAGUUAAAAGCGGAAGGGGAACAUGCCGACGAUGAAAAGAAAUAUCCCAAAAAGAAAGUUGUCCUCCUCGUGGCCUACUCUGGAAAGGGAUACUAUGGCAUGCAGAGAAAUCCCGGAACCUCUCAGUUUAGGACCAUCGAAGAUGAGCUGGUCAAUGCGCUCAUUAAAUCAACUUGUAUUCCUGAAAACCAUGGCGAUGAGAUGAAAAAGAUGUCUUUCCAAAGAUGUGCCAGAACAGAUAAGGGCGUGUCUGCUGCUGGCCAAGUCGUGUCUCUAAAGCUGCGGUUGAUCGAAGACACUGUUGAAAAAAUCAAUGAGCAUCUGCCCCCACAGAUCAAAGUGCUCGGACUUAAACGGGUGACCCAAGGUUUCAAUUCCAAAAACAACUGUGAUGCUCGGACAUACGCUUAUAUGCUUCCAACAGUGGCCUUUUCCCUAAAAGACUAUGACACUGGCGCUAUAGCAGCCUUCCGUCUCAAGCCAGAGACACUUCAGCAGGUGAACUGUCUGUUUUCUCUCUACAAAGGCACCCAUAACUUCCACAACUUCACUUCUCAGAAGGCUCCAAAUGACCCCAGUGCCCGCCGCUAUAUCACAGAGAUGUCUUGUGGAGAGCCUUUCAUCAACGGCAAUAUACAGUUUGCGGUGAUCACCGUACGAGGCCAAAGCUUUAUGCUGCACCAAAUCCGGAAGAUGAUCGGCCUGGUGAUUGCGGUGACAAAGGGCUACGCGAAAGAGGAAGUGAUUGAGCGCAGCUGGGGUCACGAUAAGGUGGACGUUCCCAAAGCUCCAGGGCUGGGCUUGGUCCUGGAAAAGGUUCACUUUGACCGGUACAACAAGCGAUUCGGAGGGGACGGGCUGCACGAGCGGCUGGAUUGGGACGGCGAGGAGGAGACCAUCAAGGCCUUCAAAGAGGCUCACAUCUACCCCACCAUUGUUGAGACAGAGUGUCAGGAGGGCUCCAUGGUCAGCUGGAUGUCCACACUUCCUAUCCAUGACUUUAAAGCUACAGCCACAGCUGCUGAAACGCAAGACAAUAAGGACCAGAAAGAGGACACUGCAGAUUUAGGAAAUGACUCUGAUUAAGUCACCCUGCCAGCUGAAAGAAGAGAUGUUUUCAGAACAAAGUAUUCUCUCUUUUAUUGGGAAUUAGCUUUCUUUUUAUUGGAAGAUUGGAUUUUUUUUGUGAUAUUAAAUUCUUCUCUCAUACAAAUAUUAUUAAACAAACAAAACA